ACGAACGCACUCACAGCUCAUCCUGUGACUGCGUUCCUGUAUCAGACGAAAUUUUCUUUGUAAGAAGUUCACUGCAAUACUCAAACAAGUUCACCAAAAGGGUGCAGUUGUGGUCAUUGGCUGAGCGUAAAAACGGCGCAAACUACUAAUAAUGAGCAAUUUGAAGUGUCUGACGACGAUAAUCCUCUUCGGAUUGUGUGUCAUACCGUCAGAAACAAAAUUUGGUCAGAAAUGCUCGACAAAAUAUGACUGUGUAUCAGAACUAGUGAACUACGAAGAUUGCACGGAUGGUGUUUGUGUUUGUUCCAGCCUAUCCCGUUUCCGCUUUGAUGAAUAUUCCCUCGCUCCUGAAUGUAGCUCCAUUUUGCAAUUAAUGACAAAGUACUGUGAAAGUUUACCGGGAAAAUGUCCACCAAAUAGCAAGUGUUUAAGUGAUAAAGGAUGUCAGUGUGAUGAUGGGUAUGAGUUUGUUGGCACAGAUUGUCGAAAAGUAUUGUACCAGAAAGUCAUGGAGCCCUGCCAUAUACAGAAUGGUUCAGCAUAUGUUUGUGACCUUAACCAACAUAGCUUUUGUGGAGAAAAGAAAUGUGUGUGCUUUGAUGCUUUUCUCCCAAAUAUAACCAGUGGGCGGUGUGAACCUGAAGCCGAUUUCCUGCUUGCCAGUAACCUUACAAAAUACACUGUCCUACAUGGUGAAUACUGCAAUUCGAAAUCUCAUUGCAUUGAAGGCUUGGAGUGUUCUAAAUAUGCGUGUUCCUGUCCCAGCCCUUGUAUAUACAAGAAGGAAAUGCAGGUAUGUGACUGUGGUGCAUCGUCAUCAACAGGACCUUUAAUUGUUGGCAUCCUGGGUGGUUUGUCAAUCAUUGCAUUUUGGAGCUGUACAAUAAGGAGUACUUGGAGGAGACACACACAAAAGCAGGCGUAUCAGGAGGAUGAGCCAGCACCUCCAUCUGUUGAACCAAGUACAUCUUCAUAUCCUCUUGCUCCAGUUACAUCCUCUGUACCAGCUGCCCCACAUUUGUCACAGGAAGAACUGGGCACUGGAAUUACUCCAGAUGAAAUUAACAAUGGGAAAAUACUAGCAAGACCAGCAGAAUCUUAUCCACUGGCACCACCUGCACAACCUUUAGGUUUUCAGAGCCCUGCCAACUCUCAGUACCCAUCAUCACAGGGUUCUCCUUCUAAUGCAUAUAAUGAUGCCUAUUUAGCUAAUGUUUCUGGAGAUCCCUCAGCCCCAUCAUGUCCUCCCAGUCUCCCUCCACCAUAUUCAGCCACUACAUAUAAUCCACCAUAUGCACCUUCAUCCUCACCUCCUCCAUAUCCUGCUGACACACCUUCACAUCCUCCCCCAUCCAUGCCUCCUUCAUCAUCUUCAGCCCCAUAUCCUCUUAAUCCAUAAAUGAUGCCACAACUUAUUUCUCAGUUCUUUAAGUGCAGUGAAAAUUAAUUUUUAAGCACAAUGGUAACAAGACACUGGAUCACAUAGCCCUCUAUAUCGGAAGAACCAUUUACAAGAACUAGGAAUAACAGAGUUGCGUUUUCUCUUUUCAUUCUGUUGUCUUUCAUGUUUUGGGGACUAUUUUUUUACUUGCUGCUAAACCAACUACUUGAAGUGAUUGGCUCAGAAUAAAAUUUUCCAGUGAAUUACAUUAAUACAGAACAGAAUAUAAAAUUUUUAGAGUUUAGAUAUAAUGAGUUAAGUGCUUGAGGAAUUACUAUACAAGCCAAACAGAAAUAGGUGCAAGUUCUCUGUGAAGAAGAUAAUUUCCAAAUGUAUGAAUUUCAGUGAUAGUGACACAUGAGUUGUUUUCUCUUUUUCAAAGUUCUAGAUUAAAGCUAUUUUGAUAUUUUGAUUUUUAUAUCAGAACUGGAAACAAAAACUGCAUCUUUGUCAUUUCAACCCUUGAGUCAGACUUGAUUGUUUUUUUUUUUUGUCAGAUCUUGAGCUUGAUCUCCAUGACACAACAAGCAUACUUGGCUGUAGUUAAGCCAAGUCUGGCUCUGUCUUGAGGUAUAUUCAAGCUGAAAUAUGGGAUCAGAUACAAAUAAAGAUGUCUGCCUCAUUAUAUUGCUGUCCUAUGGACUUAAAUAUGAAAGGGCAAAAAUAGAUGAAAAGUCAAUAGAAUUGAUACUUGAUAUUCUUGAUAACUCCAUUUCGGACUAGAACUGUGAAAUUGCAGCAGUACAUAAUCAGCAGGUGAACAUUGUGUUGGGCUUGGAAGAGAAGUGGAAUGACUAGGCUAAUAUAAAUUCAUCAUGGUUAUCAGACACUGUUAUAUAUAUGUGACAUAAACAUAUGCAAGACCAAUCAGUCUUGAGGUUAAUUGCCUUAAGUGUGGCUUGAUAAAAUAAUAUCAAAGUUCAUAUAAUCUUAGGAAAGAAAAAGUGGCAUCACCCUGCAUUCUGGAGUACUCCAAUGUGCCAAGUCUGUUCUUUAUUGUAAUCAUCUCACACUUAAUUCUUAUUUUACAUGUUUAGUAGUUUUUAAACUUAUGAUUUAUUUAUAUAUAUUUUAUUUAUAUAAAAAAAUCUGCUGUCAACAUUAUUUUUUUCUCCAGAGAACUGUCUUUAGACAUGCCCAGUCUACCAUGGUUUUAUUGACUAAAUUCUAUUCACUCACAGAGAGCAACAGAAGUGCUUAUUCAGUAAUCUCAUUUGGUGAAAAUAAUAUUAGAAAGGAAAUACAAUAAAUUCAAGGAAUGUACCAGACAUGUACCAGUGCAUGUACCAGACAUUAAUGAGUUAAUAUACAAAAGUUGGUUUUGAGAUUAUAGGUAGAGUAUUAGUGUCCAUGCUGGAAACUGAUAGUGAAGUGGAAAUUUUGUGUAAUAAUCAUUAUUCAUUAAUAAAGAGAAAGAUGCAUGUACUGAUGAGUCUGAGAUGGAGAAAGAAGAGUUAAUUGUAUGUUUUAUAUAAUAUAUUAGUAGUAUUGAUACUGUAAAACUUUGUAAAAGGCUUUUUAUUCAUUACAUUAGGACAAUAGCUAAUGUCACUGGAAAAAUAAAUAUACAUUGAUAUAAUAAAUCAGUGUUUACAUGUUUACAUGUAUACACUUCCUCCCCCUACAUAUAUAAAGACAGGGAUACAUACACAUACAAUCAUACUCACAAACAUUUGUAGAUUGUAACAAAUCAGAAAAUUAUUUGCACUGUCAAGCAUGCUGUGCACUCACUUAGCCAACUCGAUCCUGCAUGCUAGUAGGGUUGUCCAAGUGGCUGAAUAAAUGGUUGUUAUGCAGUCACAAAAUACAGUAGCCAGUAUGUGGGUGGUAAGCCACAAUCUGGUGUCAAACCAGCUGUUAGUUUCUGGUGGUUUAUUUCAAGUAAGGGUAGUCUUUUGUUUUGCAUGUCAGUAUUGUCACAAAGUGGCUAAUGACACUUACCACUCUUGCCCAUCAGAUUACCUGAUAGUACUAACAGGGCUGAAGGAGGCAUAAUCUCUUUAAUAUAUACUUCUUCCAUAUACAUAACUCAUUGUGUGCUGACUACAACAUACCUGCAUUUUCUCUUUUGGAGAAAUAUAUUCCUCAGUUUUUAGAUCUCAAAAAGAAUUUACUACUUUUUUUUAUAACUUUAAUGAUAACUUUUAUCAGGAAAAAAGAAACCUCAGGUGGUUGAUCAUCUUACUGGCCUACCAUUGCCAUUGAAUGCAUAUAUACCAUUUUAAAAUCAGAAGAACUAGGUAGAAAAGGGUUUUCAUAUCACCAAUUUGACCUUUUUUAACCCAUUCGCGUCGGGCGUCACGUAUAGGUGACGGGCCCACUGUGAGUUUACUUGUUUGAUUGUUUACAAACAUAGAUGGCUCCACUUGCAUUUGUACUGCCUGUCUCGUCUGUUUACCCUUUUCUUUAAUUUACGAAAUUAUUUUGCGUUAUCUUAUUUUGUUGUUACUAAUGUUUAUAACAUUAUAGUAAUUAUAAUGUUUAUAAUAAAAAUAACCAUCGAUAUUCAUAGCAAUAGUAAAAAUACAUUUUCCCGCCAAAUUAAAUCAGGUAAAGCAGAGCCAUCUAGUGUAGAGAAAUUUCAUUAAAAACUAUAAAAAUUGAGCACAGCAUUUCCCCCAUUUUUUGUUCAUUUUUACCCGGCGCGAAUGGGUUAAUAUGACUCUUAUAUUAUGUAGAUGGCCAGAACAUGUCCCAGAAGAGGACAAGCCAGAUAAAAAUGACAUUACUAUGCCUUCAAAAUCCCUUUACACUCACAAGUACAGUUCAUUUCAUAAUGAGAACUCAUUUGUCAAAUAUGCCAAUGCCUUGGCUGGGUGUGCCUCCCAGUGCCAAGUCCAGGCUAGACCAUAGUUGAUGUUUGCAAUAUAUUAAUUUAGGCAAGAGUGGCUUUGUAAAACUAAGGUCUUUCAGGGCCUUACCCACAAAAGGGAAUCUGUGAUUUAAAAUUACAUCACUAAUGUUUUAAAGAUGUAUAUUCAUAGUUGUACAUUAGGUGUUUCUGAACUACAGUGCUUCCAUAAGUAUUUUCAUAUUUUUACCUGUGAAGUGUUCAGAAAAAUAAAUGAUAUAUUUUCUACAUAUUGUUUCUGUUUUUUAUUCUAAACUUAAUGUAAAUAUUUUAUUAUGAGAUUUUUAUAUGAAUAUAUGUACUCUGAAUUUAA